AGUUGAAUUCUAUAUGUUUUAACCAUUUCGUGAAAUAUUUACCAUACAUUUCAUAUGCUUUACACAAGCUGGUACAUUAAACAUGCAGGUACCCACUAUAGAAAAUUUGCCUUAUUGUAAGGAGUUGUGGUUUCUAAUAUCGGAUACGGUGUGUCGAUGCGAGAAACAACUAGUGGAAGAUGAAAUUAAAAAGGAAACUAAACUUCUUAAAGAGGGACUAUUAUUUUUUAAACCAUAUACAGAAGCAUCGCUUCAAAAUAUACCUAAAAAUGAUCCAUCUCCUCGAAUGUACGAUUUAAUUAGUAAACUUGCCCCACUUCUUAAUUUAGACGCUACAAUUACUUGGGAUCUAGUAUGUAAUUUUAUAAAAUAUGAAUAUCGAAAUUGCGCGGAAACUUUCGCGUCGCAACUUAUAGAUUUUACAUCGAUGAAAGCGUUGAUCGAUGAUAUUUGGGAAUUUUAUUAUUCCGAAAGAAUGACGUUGAUAAAGUGUCUUAAACUUAUGGUCGAAUAUAAAGAUAAAGGACAUCGUUACCGAAAAGAAUUCUUAAAAUUUUUCGAUGAUAUACUGUUUGGAACGCUACUAGAAUCGAUUCGAAAACAAAUAGAAAUGUUAAAAACUGUAAAUGCACCGACAAGAUCACAAUUGUGUACAGAAGAAUAUCUACAUAAAUUAUAUAACAGUAGUCUAAUCGAAAUGCGAGAAUUACUUCACAUAUUAACAGUUAUUAUUCAUGACAUACACAUUGCUGAUACUGAGUUUAUGAAAUUUUAUGAAAGCAUUGGAGGAGAACCAAGACGGUUAGCGAGUACAAAAAGUCACGAAGAUAAAAAGGCAAUUGCCAGAAAAAUUAAGGAAAUACAGCAGAGUCAAGCAGCUCUCUUUUUAGUAACGUUAGAUGUCAGAAAACAUGCCAAUAUAGAAGAUUGGAUAUGCAGUGUAAGAAACAGUAUGCAAGAAACUUUUGAACAAAAAUGCAUUCGCGAUAAUUCACCACAAGAUAGUCUACUAUUUUUAUCUUGGAUGUUAGCAAACUAUGCUAUCGACCCCGAAAAUAUUGAUAUCUUGAACCGAUUUAGGCCAUUUGGUGUCAAAGCCAUACAAUUAAAUGUUUUCCAUUACUUGCAAGAUUUGAUGAAUAGUGAAAUAAUUUGUGAAAACACGCAUUACGCCGAAGUUGUACGGAGCAGCGCAUAUAAUCUUCUUACUUUAGUGUGUGCUUUCGUUGAUGAAGAUAAAUUAAGCGCUCUAAAUGAUAUCUUUGAUGCCGUUGCUACUAUAGUUCAGUUUCCUGAAAUUGCAGUACGAUUUUGGGAAGAACGCAAUGACGGCUUAUGGUUGAUUUAUAAAUUCGCAGCCGAACAGUUUCCGUAUGAAUUUGUACCGUUAACAAAUAUUGCAAUCGGAUUGGCAAGCGCUUCGGUAUUUAGUGCCGAAAAAAUUGCAAUAGAGCUGGAUAAUCUUCAGUCAUUAACAUUGGAGAUACCACGGCAACGGGAUCAUAAUAAACCGUUAAAACCAUACGAGCAAGAAUGUACAAUUCAUAAGAACUCGUAUAUGAUAUCGGAAGACUGUUUCCGUGAAAAUAUACGUAUAUUGUCAAGUGAACGUGAAAUAAUGAUAUUUCGACAAAAAGCAAGCUAUUGGGACGCCUUACAUCAUAAAAUAGAACAACUUUUUUCUCAAGCAGGUGGUGGAAUUACGAAGACCAAUGAAAUGAAUAAAAAUUUGCCUGAACACGUUUCACAAGGCUUAAAAUUAUUGAAAACAUUAGCCAAACACAUAGGAAUACGACAAAGUAUGGUCAUUCCAACGGAAUUAAGUUUUGAAAUUAUAAAUAGAUUUUCUUAUCCAGUAUUACCCGAAGAAAAGAUGUACAUAUAUAAGAUAGUCGUAGCUUGUAUUAGUAUCUCAUCCGAACUCAUAUUAGAGUAUCCCGAAGAAAUUUUGUCGCGAAUGCGUGCUGGCGUUUAUCCAAGAUUUAAUAAUCGGUAUCAAAAGACGUUAGAUUUUGCAGAAGCAGUUUCGUUUGAUGGUGGUAUAAUCGCAUCAUGGCUAUCCGCUAUAGAAACAAUCGCUCAUUCGUAUCCAAUUUUAAACACAUACUUAGAUAUUUUAUCGAAAUACUUAAUCAGAAAAUACAACGAGGAAGCUCUAUAUACGGUUGAAAUACCUGGUAUGGUAUUCUUACUGCAAGGUGUUUUACCAAAAUUGGAUUCCUGGUAUUUCGAAUCAGAUGCGGAAAGAACCGACCUGUGGUUAAAAAGUAUGUUUUGCCUCCACAGAGCGCUUGAAUCCAGUUUACCUAAAGAAGAUAUACGAAGUGAAUUACAGCUUGUUGUUGCAUACAGUUUAUUGUAUUUAGAACCACGGCAUGCUUUACUUAAGCUAAUUCGUACUGGUGAACGUACUUUACAUAACAAAAUGAUGGCAGAAACAGAUUGGAUUCGCGGAAAAGGAUUCAAAGCAAUCAAAAGUGUACAAUUGGCCUUAUCUGUAGUAAAUAGAUUAUUAAUAUUCCGAAAAUCACUGGGUUUAGAAAUAGGAAGUAGGUCACCAUUGGAAACUGCUUUAUAUUCUUCGCCUCGUGUACCAAAUGGUCUUUUAAUAGUGCCUACGAUUGUAAAUUAUCUGUAUGUUUGGUUCAGUCCACCUCUACAAGCCAUGGCUGUUAGGCUGUUAAAGAAAUUUGCCGAAGGGUCAUCUAUGUCGCUUUUGGUUUGCAUGGGUAUGGACGGUACAUCUAUACGAGAAACCUUCGCUUCUCGCAGAGGUCUCAUGUCACCAACUUGUGUCGUGGAUGUUAAAGUCGCCAUUCUGGAACUAGUUACUGUGUGCUUAGAAAAGCAACCUGGUCUGACAGAAGCUCUUUUCAACAUUGUACAUCCAGCAGAAUGCAAACGAAUUUUUCCUCGAUCGGUGGAAGAAUUUUUCACAGAAGGAUGCAGACAAUUUCUAGUUAAAUAUCUAAAUCGAAUUUAUGAAAAAGACGAUAUCGUGUGCGACAAAUUGUAUAAUAGCACAAUGGCGUUAUUACGAGCAAUGUGGUACCACAGAAAUGAAAUUCUCGUAAAUUUCUUUCGGAAACGGGAAAACUUCUGGACUCAACUUUUUGCUCCACUUUUCAGAGAGAUAGUACCAGGUGCGAAAGGUUAUUCUCAUUUGCUAGAUAUAAUUACUUUGGAACUGUUCAAGAGUACCACGUUAGAAGAUGAUUUUACUACAAAUUUAACAAAACUUUUGGAUAAAUCGAAAGAUUACUGGAAGAAAUUGGCAAUAUACGUACUCGAUGACGUAUGCGUCGAUAGCGAAGAAUCAAACAAUUACCAAAAGCGAGAUGCUAAUGUUACAGUUUCAUUGUAUGAAACUAAUUUAGAAUCCUGGUAUAACUUUAUCGUCACAUUAACUGACGACAGAAUAGCAACGAAUUAUCAUAUUAAUGUGUCUCAAGCACAAUUCAUAACACAACGUUCGUUAGAGAUAUUACUUGAACGAGUCAAACAAUUUUAUGAUGUUUCUAGCCGAAAAAUCACAAUGUUGUUGGCCUCUUUAUCACUUCGAUGUAUCACUUCUUGGAAGCAAAUGUGUGUCGAUGACUCAAAACUUUUUAAAUCGGGAUUAACACAACUAAUGCAAGAAAUUGGCCAAGCUUAUCGCAGUUAUGGAAAAUCUUUGCGCCAGACACUGAUUUCUUUGCUUCUUGGAUGUGUGCAAUGCGUAAAAAGCACAUUACGCGAAGAUCCAACAAGUCUCGAAUAUCUUCUGUCGCAUGCCUGUAUCAUCGUUGCGAGCGAAUUAGAGGAAUUAAAGGAGGCUGCUAUUCAAUUGGAAAAACGGAAACAACAGCAACAUUCGGUGGAACGGAAAGUGAGCGAUAAAACAGUUACGAUUGACAGCGUAAUUGCGCAAAAAAAUGCUGAUGAAAGAAAUGCAGAAACCGUUCGGGGAAUUCGGGAAAGUUUACCAGCAACUUUGGCUGUUUGCAUGGUUACUCAACUAUUACGCUCUUACGUAGAACGAAGUUCUAUCUUGAAGCAUCAGCGAAGAUCUAGUUGCAUACAACUGCGACAAAUGAUACCGGAAUUAAUGACAUGUAUUGGUAUCACUCUGCAAAAAUAUCCAUAUUUAAGAUUUAGUACCGCUGCUCUCAACUUGCUUAAUUUAAUCAUUCGUUUGCCAUACACUUUGCAACCAAUCAAUGAAAAUCAUAUUGCGAAAUUAUGGUUGAGCUUAAUUCCACCUAGCGACAUUGGAAACAGUAUGUUAGACUCUUUAUAUGACGAUUGCCCAAAUGGAAAAUGGCGAUGCCAAGAUUGGUGGCCACUUUAUACGCUUGGUCUUGAAUUUUUAAUAGGACUAGUCACUAGUGAAACACCUACUGUUUACAUCAAAUCUAUUAUAAUAUUUCUAAAUUCUCACGAGUAUCAAUUAAUGGUUGCGUCAACCUUAUUAAGACAUACGGCAGACCUUUACGCUGCCGACUUGGUACAAUCUCUCGUUGCUCUCAUUCAUAUCGUAGCAACCCAACCAUACGUUUGGAGUUCGAUACAACCAAAUGUUUGCGAAACCUUGAUAAAAUGUAUGUAUUUGGCAUAUGAUAAUACGGUAAAUCUAUUAUUAAGACCACGAAUUCUUAAGUUCAUCAUCGACGGCAUUAGCAUGGAAAGUGCCGAAGAAUUGGAAUCUUGCGAUAAGAGAUCGCCAAGUGGUGAAUUAAAGUUACUAGUUAACAAAUUGAUCGUCAUAAAUACAACCUGUGCGUUAAGUUUUGUUCACUUUUCCCCGAGACUAAAUACUCUUGUGGACACUAUAUAUACACAAGACUUCUGGUAUACUCCAAUGGCUGAAAUGAAUUUUGGACCGCCACAGAUGAGCAUGAGUUCUGGACCACGAUUAACCUACGGCACAAUCAUUAGUUCAACACAGUUGUUUACACAGGCACUACAUUCACGGUCUCAACCCGUGACUGCUACGACCGUUUCUUUUAGUGGUCAAUCGGAUAAAACAGAUUCUGCUAAGAAUGAAUGGGAGCACGCUGCACCAGAGGAUCGACAGAUGCAUUCGAGUAAAGAUCUAAGGCGAAUUAUUCAUGCAGCAUCCGGUUCCACUUCGAGAUCUUCGAACGUAGGAAGUGAAUUUUUGGUGUAUGUCAAUGGCCUAGAUGUAACUGUACCGUUAUUAAGUAGUCCGAGACUCGUGCGAAGACCUUAUGAUCCUCUUAUUUGUGAAAAUACAAUUUUGUCAAGAGCCACAGCCUUGACAAGUGGUAGGCACGUAACAAAAGGUGUAUCAGCCGGAAACAAUGAUAGUCCUGUUGUAGCAAAAUAUCAAAAAUUUAGCGACCCGUGGUUCGAAUCUAUGGACGAAAACAACACAAGAUUCGCCCUUGAAGUCAAUCUCGUCUUAAUUUUGUGUCAAGCCUUAGAAGGAGUCAGAAAUCCAAGGAUCGCUCUUAGAGAUCGUCAACUAAUAGCGCGCGAAACAGUGACCGAAUUAGGAGUUUUCUUCGAUUUUCUUGAACAUCGAGGUACUCCCGACGACUGGCAAGUUAAAGGAUCGUUAAUUAAUUCUGAUGCUAGAAGGGUGAGAAUUAUUCAGCAACCUGUUGAUUUCAAUCAAACUAUUUUGCCGGCUAGAUUAAAGGAAGUACGGAGAAUGGAAUUUGAAGAGAAUAAUAUGUUCACCACAGGAAAAUUCCUAACCGAUGUUAGUAGUAUACAAUUUUUACCUUUGAUGAGGAAGUUACUAAAAACCGUUGUAGAAUCUUUAGACCUGACACAGUAUCGAUAACAGUACCAAAUUAUGAUAAACCUAUGGGCUUUAAUUAAAAAAAAAAAGAAAAAAUAAAAAAAAAAAAAUAAAGGAA